AUGAUGAGUAUUCACGUGAGCUUAGCUGUAGGGCUCGCCUGCCUGGCUGGUAUCAACACCCAUCCCACUGCGGUCAAUGGGAAGUUAUAUAGUGCAAGUAAUUCUGAGACAUCUCUGACGUUGCUCUUCCAGAACAAUCUCAACUUUACAGAUGAUGCCAACCACAUCGGAACCAUCCUGUUGGACCCCAUGACCCUGGCCAGUGGCGCCAAAGCAUGUGCCGCAAUCGGCGAGACCCUUAUCCCACAAGCAGCCAUACAAAACUACACUUCCGACUUUCAGCAUUCUCUCGCAUACAACGCCUAUGCUGGUCGGGCUAGUCAGCGUCAAUCAUACAUCAUCAAGGAUGGCACCGUGACCGUCGACGAAACAUCGAGGAAACUCAUCUUUGGACGAGUCCCUUGCGGCUACCAGACACUACCCGUGCUUUGCACCCAGUCUAGCAACCAGAACAUGGCCGAAAACGCCGUUGCCACCAGCGCCAACAAGAUCACCGUUGCCUCGAACGGCAACGCUUUCGUCGGGUUUCGAAACCAAAAGUCUUUCCGUUUCCAAGGCAUUCCUUUCGCCAACCCGCCAUCACGAUUCGAGUACUCGACGCUGUAUUCCCCUAAAGGCCGGGUCAUCAACGCCACCGCAUACGGUCCCGACUGUUCUCAGGGUUCUGACCUACAAGUAACACCAUAUAUCCCUAAGGCCGGCUCUACCAAGAAUCUCCGUCCAGUACACUUAUGGAUCCACGGUGGUGGAUUCACCGGCGGCAAUGGUGCCGACCCGGGUAGCGACGGCGGCCAGCUAGCUUCACGCGAGGACAUUGUCGUUGUCGAGAUCAACUACCGCUUGAGCACGCUCGGUUUCCUGGCCGUGCCUGGGACAAACAUCACCGGCAAUUACGGCAUCGCGGACCAGGUGGUGGGCAUUAAAUGGGUCAUUGAGAACAUUGCUUCUUUUGGCGGCGACCCGGAGAAGAUCGUCAUCAGCGGUGGAUCUGCCGGGGCCGGCUCUGUCCGCACGCAUCUGGGAUCCCCAAAGUCCAUUGGCAAGUUUCGCGGCGCCAUCGCGAUGUCCAAUCUCGGCGGCGGUGUCGAUCUUGGUCUUGACGGCGACUAUGGUACCACCUACAGCUCCUAUCUUUCUAUUGCCGACUCGUACAACCGCUCCGCUGCCCUCUUCUCCGAGGCGGGCUGCAACCAGGCAACUGUGGAGGCGCAAGUUGCGUGUCUAAAGACCAUCCCCGCACAAACCAUUGUCAACCUCGCAACUGUCGCCCGCUACGUUGUUCAAGAUGGCGUCUAUGUCACGACUGGAAGCCUGAAUGUUUACAACAGCAAUGGCUCGACUGCUAGCGUCAACACUAUCUGGGGCAAUAUCGUCAAUGAUGGUGCCUCCUUCUCGACGUACUCAACUAAACCGAUCGCCAACCAUACACAAGGUCUUAUGGUCGGCCUCGGAAUCUCCGAAGCCUACGCUCAGAAGAUCAUCGACUCCGGCUUAUUUCCUUACUGGGACACUGGAAACGCAACUCUUGACUCGUUUAAUGUUAGCCAGCGUAUUGCGACCGACAAGACGUUCCGCUGCAUCGACCAGGCCACCGUCUACGCCGGUGUCCACUCAGGGGCCUUCAAGACUUCUUACUAUUACCAGCUGGAACGCGCAUACGGUGGCUACAACCCAAACAAUGUGGACGGGAUAGGUCCGAUCGAGCCGGGAUAUCCGAACGGUGACCCAGAGAAGCCGUACUUCCGACUUCACGGCGCCGAUAUGCCUUGGGUGUUUGUGAGUGGUGUCCCGCCCGACGCUGUGUCAAAAUUUUCUGACUGUCCGAAGGCAAACCUUUACACCAUCCGAGAUGACAAUGAUCUCAGGUCAGUUCAGCUUAGCUCUGCGUACUUUGCCUCCUUCGUGCGCGAGCUACAGCCAAACCCAGAGGCCACGUACCUUUCCGUACGCGGGUAUACUGACAGUAUCGCUGGCGUUGCUGCUAGUGAUGCUUGGGAGCCUGUCAGUGGUUUAGAAGGCCCUAUCAAGCGGCUAGAUGUUGUCUCUAAGACAGACACGUUCCAGGAUAGAGAACAGUGUAAUUUUCUAAACUACAGUGUCAGCUACUAUAUUAAUGAGAGGUUAAAAAGAGGCAAACUGAUUUAG